CACAGGAGGAACGCCCACGCCCAUUUGCGCAGGACCCACCAGAAUUACUUCUAUCCAGCUUCCAUCGUCGUUCUCAACUGCAGAUUGCAUUCCGAAGCUCGGAAUGCCAGCAUCAUCGUGUGUGGAACGCUGCCUGCCCGACGUUGGACGCACCAUCGGCAUGGAGGUCUUGUCUCAAGCACGGCUUGACUUGUGUCCCUCUCGGCAGCAGAAUUUCAACUGCAAACAGCCGUUCGGAACAGUGCCGCUCGUCAUAAAGGUGGCGGGCGCUAGCUGAGCAAUUCUGGUCGUUCCUCGCGCUCAUCUUCCGCUGUGCUUCUAAUCUUCGUGACAUACACGCUGUUUCUCCUCAACUUGGCGGUGAGGUAGCGGGUCUCAGCUAUUCUCUUGAAGCUAUAAAUCAGCUGGCAUCGCGUCUUUCAUUCCCCCCUCGUUCCCCUUUACGCGUCCCCUACGAUGGUGCUCGAUCAGAGAAUAUAUCCCUACGGCUACAUACCCACGGAAUAUGCCUGCAUCAUUUUCCUUGUGCUUUUCUCCAUCUCCACUGCCGCGCACUUGGGCCAGGCGAUCUGGUACCGCAUGUGGUGGCUCAUAGCCACCACCGUGUUCUGUGGUAUACUGGAGAUCAUGGGAUGGGCCGCUCGAUUGUGGAGUAGUAGAAAUCCAUCAAACCCCGAUCCUUUCGAGAUGCAAAUUGUUUGUACCAUCCUAGGCCCAACACCCCUCCUUGCCGCCCAAUUCAUUAUAUCGGCCCUCAUGAUCAGCCGUCUUGGCCACAAAUAUAGUCGCUUCGUGCCCAAGAUGUACACCUCCGUCUUCUUCUGCUGUGACAUCAUCGCCCUCGUCAUCCAAGCCGUCGGCGGUGGGAUGGCUGCAACAGCGCUAGACCAGAACAAGGACGCUGACAAGGGCGGCAACAUCAUGCUCGGGGGUAUCUGCUUCCAGCUCGCCGUCAUCGUCUUCUUCAUUAUCGUCAGCGCCGAGUAUGUGUACCGCUACGCAAACGACUCUCCCGCGAAGCGCACGGGGGAGGCGGACACGCACCGCGGGCCGCUCACAAUGAAGAUGCUCUUGCUCUUCUCGAGCGUGAGCUUCGUGCUAGUGUGCUUGUUUAUCCGAUCCAUCUACCGUACCAUCGAGCUUUCCGACGGCUGGACGGGGCGCAUCAUCACGACGGAGGUGUACUUCAACGUCCUCGACGGCACCAUGAUCGUCCUCGCCAUGUUUGCGCUCAACUUCUUCCACCCGGGCAUGCUGCUCCUCAGCGAAGCCGAGGCACAGGCAGACAGCCGCUCCUUCAAGGAGUACGCCUAG